AUGGAUCCCGUUCAGGAGCCCUCCGUGACACACUCGGAGCCAGCUGGUCUAGCCGUCCAAACCACUACAGAGCCCACAAACACACCCGAUCGACCAGAAGAGGUCGGACAAGCCCCGAACACCGAAAUGGAUACUUCAGAAGAUACUACACAACCCCAGGAAUCGGUUACUGCAGAGACUCAAAGCACCGAGCCCGCAGUAGAGACUGCACCAGAAGUUUCAGUAGAAGCCGCAACAGAAACCGCCGAUGAUACCACUAUGCAAACCGAUGCUCCGGCGACAGAGGUCCCAGAGUCCAACCCCACAGCUACGGAAGAGACUAUCGAGGAAAACGCUCAACCCACUGAUGCUGAGACUACUGAACAAACCGAGUCCACCGAACAAGCAGACUCUGCUCCGGCACCUCCGGAAGAGGAGCCUGCCACCUGGGCUGGUGUUGAAGAGGACACUUCAUCCCCUGAUGAAGAGGAAUUGAAAAAGAUCGAGUCCAGCGAUGGCGAUUACAGUGCUUUAGAAUAUGAUUACUGGGAGAAAUCCUUCUACAGCGACGUCGAUGACCCAGAAUAUCGACCAGCCGAAAAAUCCCGUCUCACAUGGCAAAUCAAAGGUGUACGAGGCACCAAGGAGAAGCCAAAUCGAGCAAAGGUUAUGCGUUCCCCGCCUGCGUACGUUGGAGGAUACUGGUGGACUAUCAAGUUCUUCCCGCGAGGAAACGGUAGCCAGUCUUUGAGUAUCUACGUUGAAUGCUCAAAAGAUAUGCCGGUAGUGGACGAGAAAUUUCCUGAGACCGAGUUUACCGUCCGCACUGGUGCCGCUACGGACAAUUUGAAGGAAAGCGAGCCGAAAAUGAGCAUCAAGAUUCCUGCCUUGGAAAACUCUCAGGAAUGGUACGAGAAUUAUAAAAAGUGCUAUGGCUACACUGGCGUCGACUGCACUCCUACAGAUACUACAACAGAAGGUUCUAAGAAUGUUUGGAGAGUUUCGGCACAGAUUGGUGUUAUCAUGUACAACCCCAAUGAGCCCCGCACAGGCUGGAUGCAGUCUUCUUGCCAUCAGUUCAACCCACACAACCUUGACUGGGGCUGGACAUAUUUCCACGGUCCCUGGGACGAGAUUCACCUUCGCCAGAAGGGCCAACGCCAGGCACUGUUGCGUAACGACACUCUAGCUUUUGAUGCUUAUAUUCGGGUUUUCGACGAUCCAACGCUCUCUCUCUGGUGGCACCCAAGCGACUCGGAGCCGGUUUGGGACAGUCUUGCCGUGACGGGCUACCGCCCAAUUGGCGAUUCGGUCCUCAACCACAGCGCCGAAGUUGCGGGAUUGGCUGCUUGGGUCAAUCUUGCGCCCUUCAGAAAGAUCAUUCAGAGUGUAGAUGUUCAGGAACAUCGCCGCAACUGUAAUGUGAAGCCUCGUCCGUUGUGUGAAGCUCUACAGGAGUUUUUGUGGCGGUUGCGUCAUCAGAGCCCAGAGAGUCAGUGUGUCGAUACCGAUAAAGUCACAUCGACUUUGCGCAACUUGCAUGAAUACUCAAGCGAUGUGGUGGAAUUCUGGGAGAGAAUGCGCCGAACUCUCGAAAUCGAGCUUGAGGGUACUGGUGCAGUCGAGGAGCUUGCUCGACUUUUCGAUAGUCCCCCCGUCGCUGUGAGCGAUCCUCAAGGAUCCAACGUCACUCACACCUUGCCCACCCAGCUCAUCACCAGCGUUCGAAUUCCAGUUGACAAGGAAAAGAAUAUCCAAGGCGCUCUUGGUCGGUAUUUUAAAGAGCAGUCUGGAAAAUGGUCUUUGCCUCCUGUUCUUCACGUUGAGCUUAAUCGCCAACGCUUCGAUCAGUCUUCUCGUCAGUGGAAGCUUCUCUACAAUCGAAUUGAUCUCGAUGAGGUCUUGGAUUUGGCACCCUACGUUGCCAAUGGCCAGUGCGGUGAAUAUGAUCUUUAUGGAUUCGUGAUUCACCGUGGCCGUCGUACGUCUGGCAAAUUUUUUAGCAUUCUGCGACCUGGUGGUCCUGGUUCCAAGUGGGUUGCCUUUGACGAUGGCAGCCACAACCGAGUUGAGUGCUUGACACGAAAGGCUGCUUUGGAGUCUCACGUUGGACUUGAUGAUAGCAAGCUCAAGGAUGCUAAUGACAAGACCGGCCAUGACUUCGCUGUUGCGGCCCUUUACGUCCGUCACGAUGUUGCUCCAGAGUACCUUCCUGGGAAAAUGGAAGACUGGGACGUUGCUGAGCCACUCAGAACCUAUUUCGAAACAGAGUCUUACCCUGCAGUAGACUUGGAAGCCGAAUCCAAAACAGAGCAAACCGUUCAAGUUGAAGUGUAUGGCCUUCCUGCCAUCGAAGAAUCACUUCCAAGCAUCUUUGAUACCUAUGACUUGAUGUCUCAGGCAAAGCGCACGAACAAUGUCAUGUACUUGACUCUACCAAAGAGCACGUCUUUUGCAGAACUUCGCAAGAAGAUUGCUUUUGCCAAGUCUGGCGAUAACAACCAGAUUGCUAGUCAUCGCGUGAAGCUCUGGAAAGUUGGACAUACCAAGAAGCAGCUUGGAGCUGGUCUUUUGUUCGACCGACAAGAUGAUUUGACCGAGACUUUGGCCAAGGAAGAUAAUAUUGUGCGAUUCUGGACUCAUAUCUUGUCCGAGGAAGCAGCCAAGUCAUAUGCUAUACCUGAGCCAGUAGUCGCCAAGACAGUGGAAGAGAAGCCUGAAGAGACGGUGGAGGUUCGUGAUGUUCAGGACUCGGAUGAGGAGAGAUCUUCGGCUGAAGGAUCUGGAAGUGGCGCGGCAGUUGUUCCUGAGCCUGAGAACUCUGCGCAGACAGACGCUGCUACUGUGGCUGAACCUGUGGAAGACCAACAACCGGAAGUCGCUGAAGCUGCUUCUGUUCCAUCUGAGACUGUCACUACUGAUGUGCCUACAUCCGAUGUUCCUGCCACAAUAGCCACUGAUGCAGAAUCGAUGGAUAUCGAUACAACAACAUCUGUCGAAGCGCCAAGCGCUGAGACAGCGCCUGCUGAGACUGAGCAGCCUGCGCAGGAUACAAUUAUGGAAGACUCGCCAUCCGUCAGUCAAGAAAACAGCGCCGAGUCGACCCCUGAUAGUAACGAAGUACCUGCUGAUGUGCCCGAAGCUGUUCCCACUGUACCUCAUGUGUACUACUUCAUCCAGACCUUCGACACCGAAAAACAAGCAUUGAAGCCUGCUGGUGCUUUUGUCUCGUCAUUGAGCGACAAUGUUAUGUCAGAGAUUCGCAAGAAUCUAGGCUGGGAGGACAACAAAGACUUCCUUAUGUGGUCUCGUAUUGACAACACUUCGGUCGUCACAGUUUCUCGCAAUGAUACAUUUUCCAUGUCAGUUGGCGACGGGCAUUGUUUCAUUGUGGGUGACCGACUCAACAAAGAACAACGUGCCAAACUUGGUGGAGCUGGAUUGUUUACCAACCCUGACCGGCUAGUUCAAUAUAUCUGGGCCUCAUCUCGACGACACCCAACUCGUGCUUUCACCGGCACCAAGACUGUGGAUGCCACAUUCAAUGGCGAUUACUACAGUGGUGAGUUCAGCAAAGGCUACUACCACGGCAAGGGUACACACAUCUCCGACACCGGCACCGUGUACAAUGGAGAGUUCAUAUUUGGCCAGCGUCAUGGCCAAGGUAAGAUGGAGUAUCCAUCUGGCGAUACCUACGAGGGUGACUGGGUAGAAGACCAGCGCCACGGCCAGGGCACAUUCAUCGAGAGCAAGACGGGCAACAAAUACGUCGGUGGCUACAAAGAGGGCAAGCGCCAUGGCAAGGGUAUCAGCUACUGGGAAGUGGCAGACGAGGAGAUGGAUCUCUGCCAGAUUUGCUACGGCGAGGAACAAGAUGCGCUUUUCUAUGACUGUGGACACGUUUGUGCGUGCGUUACUUGUGCUCGUGAAGUCGAGAUUUGCCCUAUAUGCCGCAAGAAUGUGCUCAAGGUGGUCAAGAUCUACAAAAUGUAA